AUGGCGAUCCUUGAUACCACGAAAGACCUCGCCGCUCUCUUCACGCAGCAAGCCAAGGCGACCCCUGACGCCCUUGCCUUGGAGGACGACAAGUCCUCAUACACAUAUGCUGAGCUAGACAAGGAAGUGGAGGAUCUGUCGCAGCGUCUGCGUCGCUAUGGCGUCAGCCGGGAUAGCUUGGUUGGCGUGCUGCUCCCCCGCAGUGCACAUUAUGUCAUUGCCUGUCUGGCCGCCUUGCGUGCCGGCGGAGCAUUCCUCGUGCUGGAGCUGGCUUACCCUCCAGACCUGUUGGCGGAUGUGCUUGAAGACGCGACUCCUGCAGUGGUAGUCACCCACCGGGCAGAGACCGGCAAAAUCAAGGGCAAUGUCCCCGUCAUCACGCUUGAUGAGUCCGCUGCCGACGCCAAUGGCCACACUACCGAGCUGGCACCGCUGCCUGCCAGCGACGACCUGGAUAGACUGGCCUUUGUUUCGUAUUCCUCUGGCACAACCGGGAAACCAAAGGGCAUUGCAAACCCACACCGGGCUCCAGUUCUCUCAUACAAUCUGCGUUUCGGCGUGCAGGACCUCCAUCCCGGUGAUCGCGUGGCCUGCAACGUCUUUUUCAUUUGGGAAAUUAUUCGUCCCCUGCUGCGUGGAGCUGCAGUCGUCGCUGUCCCUGACGACCACAGCUACGAUCCCGCCGCGCUGGUGGACCUUCUUGCAUCGAAGCGUAUUAGCGAAACUCUCAUGACCCCGACUCUCCUUGCUACCAUUCUCUCCCGACACCCGCAUAUCGGCACUCGGUUGCCUGAGCUGCGUACGCUGUGGCUCAACGGUGAGGUCGUCACCACAGACUUGGCCCGACGAGCCAUCAAAGCACUGCCAAACACCCGCCUGCUCAACUGCUACAGCGCUUGCGAAACACAUGAAAUUGCGUGCGGUGACAUCCGCACAAUCUUGGAUGACGAAGCCCAGUACUGCCCGGUCGGCCCGCCGCUGGACCCGAAACACACCUACAUUGUGAACGAGCAGGGCGAAAAGAUAAAAGACGGUACCUGUGGCGAGCUCUGUGUCGGCGGACCCAUGCUUGCGAGGGGAUACAUCAACCGACCGGAGACAACGGCCAAGACUUUCAUUCCCAACCCUUUCUCGGGGAUCCCUGGUGACCUUAUGUACCGAACCGGAGAUCAGGCGCGCAUGCUGCCCUCUGGCCUUCUCGAAAUCACCGGUCGCGUGGGUGCUAUGAUCAAACUCCGCGGGUACUCAGUUGUGCCCGGAAAGGUCGAGAACGACAUCGUUAAACAUCUGGCCGUCCGCCAAUGCGCCGUGAUCCCUCACGGUGAGGGCGUGGAAAAACAAUUGGUGGCAUACAUUGUCGCCGACAAAGAGUCUAGUGAACAACGCCCGGUUGUUGAAAUCAACCCGUCGGGACACAGCCCAGGUGCUCGUAGAGCCCUUACACAGUUCCUCGCACAUUACAUGAUCCCAGCCCUGUGGGUACAAGUAGACGAGCUCCCAACACACGAGGUCUCUGGAAAGGUCGAUCUCAAGCGUCUCCCGCCCCCACCAACGGAGGUCGCUGUCAAUGGAAAUGGAAAGAAGGAGGAUCCUAUCGGCCUUGACGAUAUUGCGGCGGUUUGGGCGGUCGCAUUGAAGGUUCCCAAGGCGCAACUGCAGGCCGAAGAUAACUUCUUUGACCUUGGUGGUCACUCGCUUUCUAUCGCCGAUCUGUCCUCCAGACUGUCUCGGAAGUUCGGAUUCCGCGUUCCCAUUGCGCGGUUGGCAGAGAACUCGACCCUGGCUGGCCAUGUGGAAACCGUCCGUGGUGUCCGAGACGGCCACGCAGCCGCUGUACAGGCGGAUCUGCCUGCGGUGUUGCGCGCCGAUGCCACGCUCGACGAAAGUAUUCGACCGACAGAUGCAAAGAUCUGUUCGCUUACCGAUGCAAAGACAGUGCUGCUGACCGGUGUGACGGGUUUCCUUGGAGCCUUCCUCCUGAAGGAUCUCGUUGAAAGCACCAGUGCGCACAUCAUCUGUCUUGUAAGAUUCACCGAGCCUGAGGACGAUGACCAACCUGGCGGUGUUGCCCGAAUUCGUCGCAACCUCCUUGACCUGGGAAUCUGGCACGACUCAAUCAUGGAGCGUGUCCAGAUUCUCCCGGGUAACCUUUCUCGAUCGCGGUUCGGUCUCGCCCCUGAUGCAUUCGAAGAGCUUGCCCAGCGGGUCGAUGUUAUCGUACACUCCGCCGCCUCAGUCAACCUUGUCUAUCCUUAUGCCGCGCUGCGGGCAGCCAACGUAGGCGGUACUCGUGAAGUCCUUCGCCUGGCAGCCCAGGGUGGUGCAACCGUCCAGUACGUCUCAACCAAUGGUGUUCUACCGCCAUCUGGAGAGAAGGGUUGGCCCGAAGACACAAUGCUGGACGUGGAUGAUGUGCCAACCAAGCUGCUGGAUGGGUACGGGCAGACCAAGUGGGUCGCAGAACAGCUCGUCCUUGAAGCCGGUCGUCGGGGUCUGCCAGUGAGAGUCCACCGUGCCGGUACGAUCAGUGGCCACAGUCAAUCGGGUGCCGCGAACGCCUGGGAUCUGCUGUCCGCGCUGAUCGUCGAGUCCAUCAAGCUCGGGAAGUAUCCCGACGUGGAGGGCUGGCGCGCGGAAAUGACCCCUGUUGACUUUGUUAGCAAGGCCAUCGUUCACCUCGCAAACCAGUCAUCAGUCGAACAAACUGUUUUCCAUGUGGGUGACCCAGACCCAGUCAACACGCAGUCACUUUUUGAGAACCUGAAGCUGCUCGGAUAUGCGACCGACCCCCUUCCUUGGGACGAGUGGGUGGCACUUUGGACCAGCAAGCGCGGUGAGGUCAAGGGUGGUGAUGGUGGCUUCACAGUCGAUAUCCUUCGCAGCGGUAUGCCAUCGAUCGAGUUCCUGCGCGGCAUCGUCGUGCUGGAUAACGCUGUUACCCGUCCUAUUCGCCGAGAGGUCGAGCGACCAAAGGUCGACCGCUUCCUGCUCGAGACGUAUACUCGCCACUGGUUUGCUCGAGGGUGGCUGAGGAAGCCCCCAACUCGCCAGGGACCGCCAAGCCCUAUCUCUCGCGGUGCUUUGAGCGGCAAGGUGGCCGUUGUCACCGGUGCUUCGUCUGGAAUUGGAGCUGCGGUCGCUACUGCUCUGGCUAGAGAAGGCGCCCAUGUCGCGCUCGGUGCUCGGCGCCUUGACGCACUGGAAUCACUAAAGGCCAAGAUCUCUGGCCUCGGCGGCAAGGUCGCAAUUUGUAAAACAGACGUUACAGACAAGAAGCAGGUGGAGGCCCUCGUGAAGACCGCGAGCGACGAGCUCGGUCCGGUGGACAUCCUGGUCGCUUGCGCUGGUGUUAUGUACUUCACAAUGAUGGCCAACACCCAGAUGGACGAGUGGGAGCGUACGGUCGACGUGAACUGCAAGGGUAUUCUCAACUCUCUGGCAUCUACAGUACCGGGUAUGUUGUCGCGCGGGCGUGGACACGUCGUCGCCAUCUCAUCAGACGCCGGUCGCAAGGUCUUCCCCGGCCUGGGAGUCUACUCAGCCAGCAAGUUUUUCGUCGAGGCGUCCCUGCAAGCACUGCGUCUUGAGACCGCCGGUCAAGGUCUGCGCGUGACAGCCGUGCAGCCCGGAAACACAAACACCGACCUCUUGGACAUGUCGACCGACACAGAGGCCGUCAAGAAGUACGGCGGGGCAUCAGGGGCCCAGAUCCUGGUUCCGGAGGACGUGGCCAACGCGAUUGUCUACGCUCUGCGGCAGCCUGAGCAUGUCGCGAUGAACGAGAUCCUGAUUGAGCCGCGAGACGAGCCGAUCUAG